CUUCACACGACUGCAAUAAGAAAACAUGGCGGCGGCCGUCGACAGUGUUGUGAAAGUGCUGGGGGAGCAGUAUUACAGAGAUGCUAUGGAGCAGUGUCAUAGUUACAAUGCUCGUCUGUGUGCUGAGCGCAGCAUCCUCAUGCCUUUCCUGGACUCUCAGACGGGUGUGGCUCAGUCCAAUUGUUACAUCUGGAUGGAGAAGAGGCAUCGGAGUGCAGGUGUAGCUCCAGGGCAGCUGUACACAUACCCAGCCCGUCGCUGGAGGAAGAAACGUCGUUCACAUCCACCUGAAGACCCUCGACUGGCCUUCCCCCCUCUCAAAGCAGCAGAUAUAGAACUAGGUCUGAAGCGUGAUACCAUGGGCGCUGUUGAUGGCAGUAGUUUAGAGGCUCUGCUGAAGGGGGAGCCCCUUGAGAGGAGGAGUGGAGUGUCGGAUCUCCGUGGUCCUGAAGAGGAUCUAGCUACUGCGGAGCCUCCCGCUUCCUCAGCGACCACCCACACUUCUUCUGGACGUAUCCGCAAGAGGGUCCUGGACCACGAUGACUAUUUGGAUGAUCUGGAUGAUGAGGACUUUGAGGAUGAAACCCCCAAGAGAAGAGGCAAGAGCAAGUCCAAGGGUCGCAGUGACAGGAAUGGCAAGAAGAAAAGUGAGGCUGCAGCUGCAGCGCUGGAAGAGAGGGAUAAACCUUAUGCCUGUGACAUUUGUGGAAAGCGCUACAAGAACCGUCCAGGCCUGAGCUACCACUAUACACACUCUCACCUGGCCGAGGAGGAGGGCGAGGACCGAGAGGAGAUUGAGGCACCACCCACUCCUCGCCAGCCUGAGGAGCAGAAGACAACUAAGAAAGGCCCCAAUGGACUGGCGAUGCCCAACGAUUACUGUGACUUCUGUUUGGGAGAUUCGACUCUAAACCAGAAGACUGGUCAAUCAGAGGAGCUGGUAUCCUGCUCUGACUGCGGUCGCUCAGGCCACCCGACAUGCCUACAGUUCACACCAGUCAUGAUGGCUGCAGUGAAAACCUACCGCUGGCAGUGUAUUGAGUGCAAAUGCUGCAAUGUUUGUGGAACCUCAGAGAACGACGACCAGCUGCUGUUCUGUGAUGACUGCGAUCGAGGCUACCACAUGUACUGUCUAACUCCCCCCAUGACCGAACCCCCAGAGGGGAGCUGGAGCUGCCACUUGUGCCUGGCUCUGCUGAAGGAUAAAGCCUCCAUAUACCAGCAGAACCAGAGCUCCGCCCCUGAGUGACAUCACAACAGCCAGACCCACCCCACGACAACCAGACCCCACCCCACCCCCCAAAUGAAACAUCAGACCUCCUUUCAGUGUGGAGCUCAAGGUUCCAUUCAGAUGUAGCUGAGCCAGACCGCAGAUCAGCUUAAGAAGUCUUCACAUCUACAGCAUCAGUGGGGGAACCAACCAAAACAGACCUCAGAUCAGUCAACACACAGAUCCAAGAGUCACUCACAGGCAGGCUGCAACGCCCCAGAGGCAUGUGGCUCAACACAUGUAUAUUGUGCGCAUAUACAGUAUAAACACACACUCUCUACUGGACUGUUACACACACUAGAUGAAGAGACGGAGAGCAAGCAGUAACCAUAGCAACUGUGAUGUUGCCAUGGGAGCUCCCAGCAGCGAAGGGAUUAGCAUCACAGCUAAUUAUCUGUACCCCUUCACACUCAAAGAUACAAUGUGGACUGUUGACACCACGCAGGUUUAUUUUUUACUCCCUGUACGAAUGAAAAGAAACCAUCACUACACAUUCAGUAUGGUUUUUUUUCCAAAAGCAUCCCAGUGUUGAGGAAUUUGAUGAUUAUUAUGAUGAUUAAUAUUACUGUUCUGGUUACUAGUGGACUUCUGUAGUGGCAUUUGUCUGUGUACUUUUGUCUCAUCCAUUGGAGUGUUAGUCUUCUAAAAAGAAUCAAUCAGUGCCAAGGUAAAAUCUCACACUAACAUGACAACGACCCAUCUCAUUCCAAAUAGAGGAAUUUCACACAUGACCUGGAAACAGUUUGAAACUAUUGAGUUUGAGUACUGUUUCUUCCGCUUCUUGUCAACAAUGGUUCAGGCGACAUCAAAGUGUCAUGUGCUGAACAAAGGUUCUGCACUGGCUCACACGGAGCCAAACCUGCUAUUUGCAAAGGUGAGUACGGCAACCCAAACCACUACCCGCGUUUUUUUCAUGGUAGAUGGGCGGUACUUAUAUAGCGCUUUUCCACACUUUUAUUUGUGCUCAAAGCGCUUUACAAAGCCUCACAUUCACCCAUUCAUGCACACAUGGCAUACGCCAUGCAAGGUGCUCCCUGCUGGGAGCAAUUUAGGGUUAGGUGUCUUCCCCAAGGACGUUUUGACAUGUGGACAGUCGGAGGCAGGAUUUGAACCGUCGACCCUCCAGUCGACCUGCUUUACCAACUGAGCCACAGCCACCCCACAUUUAUUUUUUUCAUAUCCAAUUCGCAUUCGCCCGUACCCAAGUACAUUAGACCCGCAAUCUGACCCGACUUGACCCGUGAUUAAACACACUGUCUACACAAUAACACUUUUAAGGGCUGUAUUUUUGGCUAAAACACACGCCAUCAAUAAAUCUCUUAUAUGUGCUGCUCAAUGACUUCUGUGGCCGGGUGUAAACAGGUGAAACUCACUUCACAAUUAAACAAACCAGCUGUGGAUCAACCAUGGUGAAAUUAGAUGAUCAUUGUUAUUAAAUGUCCUGACAAUUAUUUUCAUCCAUGAAUCUUUUAUUUUUUACACAUCCUUGCCCGAUACUCGCCUGCAUUUUGUUUAAUUUUACCAGUGCCUGUAUCUGCGAAGUGUUUUUUUUUUAUUUUUACCCAUCCUCGCAUGUUUUUGUGCGUUACCCGUUGGGUAUCCGGUGCGGGACUCUGGUGUUUUCCCUACUUUUAACUUCUUGAUUCCCUUCACAAUACCACUGAUGUUUCCCUGGUAAUUGUCCCAGAAAUGCCAGCUACACAUGAACAUACUUCCUGAUUGGAUUCUGGAGUUCGGCCCCUCAUGUCAAUGAAAUGUGAUAACCAAUUUCUUCUUCUCAACCAAAUCUGAAGGAAAACCCUCAAAACUUAAAUAUGGUUGCCUUUGUUUAUUUGAUGUACAUUGGGGCACACAGCAGUGACCCUUUGAUGUCACCUCAGCCAUUGUUGACAAGUAAACCAGAAGAAGCACUACCCAAAAUUCAAUAGUUUCACACUGUUUCUGGGUCAUGUGUGAAAUUCCCUUAUUAACAGGACUAACAUGGUCGAGCCAGUCUCAUCUGCCAACAACUGGCUUUGACAUGUUGGGUAGUUAGCACAAACUCAGAAUCUUUGGCCUUCAUGUUACGGUUGCACUGAAACCAGCUGUUCGCAGCUGACGCUGGUCCUUAGUAGGUCACUCCAACCAGACACUACACAAAGGAGCAGAUACUGUAGUUUGAAUACACGAGAUUACUAUGUUUAGUACGUUGCCACUCCUUAAAAUUCAUUUUGCACCAGAAAAAAAACAUUGUCUUAAUUUAAAAAAUCUGACUUGAGUUACUUCUGUCACAGACAUCGUUUUUAUAUUCUCAGAAAAUGAAAACUAGUAAUCAUAAAGACGUAUCCUUUUCUCAAAGAUGAUUUUGUGCUAGCUUUUUAGAAACAUUCUGGCAAAGAAUUCAUCAGCAAGUGAUUUUUAAUGGCCGCUGUCAAACUGAUGACACAAUCCAUUACCAACUGUAGCUGCUUUUAUCAUUUGUCACACAGAAGCAGAUUUGCAUGCAGAUUGCACCUGUAUGAAUGCACUCACAUUUCACUAGUGUUUUGUUGUCAGUUUUUUUUUUUACAUUUUGUAUUACCUGAUGUUCCAUUGGUAUUGGGAGUUUUUCUAGUAGAAUUUUGUAAAGUCUAUGGUAUAGCAAACACUUCAAGUAUAGCUCCUAAUGCAUUCUAUGUACUGUAUCGACAUUUUCUAUUUUUGUUAUGACUGUGACAUGUUUGAAUUUUAUUUGAUUAUUCUUAUAUGUCAGACCUCCAUUAUGAGUACUUGUAAAAUGAUGUACUUUGUUGUACUAUUUUUAUUUUUACAUUUCUUUGGUAUUAAAGCUGAUUUAGCCUGACUGAAAUAAAUCACUUUGCAUUUGAA